UAAAUCAAAUCCUAAUAAACUAAAGAUUUUAGCCCAAAAUAUAAUGAGCCAAAUCUCAACAAUCUCCACCUUGGUGAAUUCCGGACUCCCCUAUGAAGAUCUGCUGCUUUAGUUUCCUGAUUCUGAUUUCUGGGAUUGAACUCCACCUUACCCAACACCCUGUUGCUCAACACCUUGUCCAAAACCCGAACUCUCUCUGGUCAGUGAGAGCUCAGCACAAUGAGUAUAGUCAAUUUGGAACACUUGUGGAGGGAGACAUUCCGUGUUGGGCUUGAGUUUGAUGAAUUUGAUUCUGUCAUUCAAUUCAACUGGGAUUUCUCUAAUCUAGAGAAUGCAUUUAAAGAGGGUGGUGUUCUCUAUGGGAAAAAUGUUUACCUCUUUGGUUGCACUGAGCUUGAUCAAUUCAUCACGUUCCAAGGGGAAUCACAAGUUGUCUUUAUACCUGUUGUUGUGGCUGUUGUGUCACCAUUUCCGCCAUCCAAUAAAAUUGGGAUUAACUCAGUUCAGAGGGAGGUUGAAGAGAUAAUUCCCAUGACACAAAUGGAAAUGAACUGGGCUCCAUACAUUCUUCACGAGGACCGAGAUAGCCAAGUUGAUAGACUCAAUUCUCAAAUAUUUAUCUUGAGUUUCACUCAACCAAGCUCUGCUUUGGAACACCUGCAGGAGGAUAGACUAAAAUAUAAAUACUGCUUGCCUUAUUUUUACACUCCAUUUAAGGAAGAUGAAAUUGAAAAGCACUCUGAGGUGCAAAUCAUAUUUCCAGCUGAGCCAAAGGAGAUCUACUGUGAAUUUGAUUGGGAGUUGGAUGAACUGGAGGAGUUUACUGAUGAGGUUAUACAGGAAGAAGAAUUAUCAGAAGAUCAAAAGGAUGCCUUCAAGGAAUUUGUCAAGGAAAAGGUUCGAGAAGCAAAGAAAGCCAAGAGAGAGGAGAGAAGCUAGGGAAAAAGCCAUUGAAGAAAUGAGCGAGGAGACUAGAGCUGCAUUUGAGAGUAUGGAAUUUCACAAGUUCUACCCUGUUCAAUCUCCAAAUGCACCUGAUAUAUCAAACAACAAGUGUUCAUUCAUAAACAGAUAUUAUAGACAUGUCAGAGAGGGUUAUUUACAUUGAGAGAAAGGACAGAUAUUAAGGACAGGCGAUCAGAACGUCAAGAGAGGCUCAUUUACUUUGAUAGUUAAAUUUCAAUUAUUUAUGAAUAUGGUGUAACUUUUUUUAAUUACCAAACAAGUGUAAGUUUACCUAUUUUUUUCUUUAAAAUCAUCACUUCCAUUGGCGAUACACCACUUUGUUUUUUUUAACUUUCAUUGCUACCGAGACAUAAUCCAUCACAAAAUCAUGGUGAAUAAUAGAAAAGGAUUUAGCUACAGAAUGAAAACUAAUUUUUGUAUUGUUUAGUGUGAGAGAGUG